AUGGCGGGUAAAUCAUUCGUUCUGUGCUCUCUCCUAGCCCCAGCUCUCGCAGCAGUGCUUCCCAGAGGUCAAUACUACAAUGUGACUUCGUCGGUACCGGGUGUCCAACCAGAUCAACCUUGGGGUGACUGGACAAGCUCUACUGCAACUGCCACACCACAACCUGAGCAAACGACUUCCACUUCGGGCCUGGCAUCGACGUCGACACAACCUGCAGGAGUGUCUUCUGCUUGGGGUGACUGGACUAAAUCAUCGAGUCAAUCUGUACAGAGCCUAUCUACAGAAGUCCAGCAGACAUCAUCUGUGGCAGCAACAGCUUCAUCAAACUGGGCUGAUUGGACUGGGUCAUCAUCCACGGCUCCAGAAGAAACACAGUCCACACAAUCCACUCCAUGGGCACAGACCUCUACGCAGUCCGCAGCUGCCUCUUCAAUCUGGGGAGACUGGACGGAGACCCAAUCCACUUCUAGCCAGGCAUCUUCAGGUUGGUCCGACUGGCAAGCUUCGACUGCCACUCAGACGGUCAAGAUAACCACUACUUUGUCACAGCCUAGCCAAAGUUCUGGCUGGGGCGACUGGCAAUCCAACAGCGCUCAAACGACAGUAUUGUCCACCACUCCUUCUCCAGUCGCUCAGGAGAGCUCGACGAGUGUGGAAGUUUCUGCCAAGUCGCAAGGCUGGGCCGACUGGCAAUCCAGCAGCGUUCAAUUGGUCACUUCGUCAGCAACCCCUGCUCCUGUCCAAUCUCAGUCUAAGGGAUGGAGUGAUUGGGAGUCAAGUUCUGUACCUCCCGCGCCAGAGUCGAGCUCCGCCCCUGCUCCCGUGGAAUCCGAAUCCAAAGGAUGGAAUGACUGGAAACCGAGUUCCGCUGCUCCAGCACCAGUCGAAAGUUCUACGCCCGCGCCCACGCCAGCUGAAUCCAAAGGAUGGAAUGAUUGGAAACCAAGUCCCGCUGCUCCAGCACCAGUCGGGAGCUCUUCGCCCGCUCCCGCUCCUUCCGAAUCCAAAGGAUGGAAUGAUUGGAAACCAAGCUCCGCUGCUCCAGCACCAGUCGAGAGCUCUCCACCCGCGCCCGCUCCUUCUGAGUCUCAAGCUUGGAAUGACUGGCAAUCCAGCUCAGCAGCACCGGCACCAGCUCCCGCGCCAGAGAAGAGCUCAGUUCCCGCGCCCGCGCCCGCUCCAGUUGCGUCGAAGUCACAGGAGUGGAACGAUUGGACAUCCAGCUCACCUACUCCGGUCUCAGUCCCAGCUCCGGCCACAACACCAGCCGAAUCAAAACCUGCCCCUACACCAUCCUCCGCUCCUGCUCCAGCUCCAGCGCCAGAGCAAAGCCAAAGCGCAGCCUGGGGAGACUGGGAAAGCUCAGCAGCCCCGUCUCCAUCCCCCGCCCCGUCUGUGCCUGCAUCGCCAGCUGAAUCAAAACCCGCCCCAACUCCCUCAUCUGCUUCUGCUCCCGCUCCAGCACCAGAACAAAGCCAGAGCGCAGCUUGGGGAGACUGGAAGGGCGGCAGCAGCGCCGUUGUUCUAACGCCAACGCCAGCUCCAGCUCCAGCUCCAGCGUCGACUCCGGCUGAGUCAAAGACUACCCUGGCUCCUUCAUCUGCGCCCGCUCCCGCUCCAGCACCAGCACCAGAACAAAGCCAGAGCGCAGCAUGGGGAGACUGGAAAGGUAGCAGCAGCAACGCCGUUGUUCCAGCAUCGACUCCAGUUGAGUCAAAGACCUCGCCGGCACCAUCUGUCGCUCCGGCUCCCACCAUCGCUCCCGCACCUGAAGAAUGCAAGCAAGCCACCACGACCGUGUACAUUACAGAAACACAAAUCCAAACAGUCACAACCUGCGGCAGCAACUGUGGCUCGGGCGUGGCUCGUCCCACCGCCUCAAUGGGAUUCUCGACCAAACAACACUGGCAGGGACACUAUACCAGUAAAGGUCAAGGCCAGGGAUGGAAAGACUGGAACUGA